AUGUCCGAGACGCGAUACGAGCCUUUCGUUGCAUACGUUAUGAGGGUCGUGCUGUUGAAACACGGCGCUGGAGAUGUUAAUGAUGGUGGUGAUCACCAGCAGAACACCGUAAACGUGCACAAGAAGCCAUCUUCACAAGGCAGCGUUCCAUUCAUGUAG